AGAAAUAUCAAAGCUGGUUUCGCCGCCGCCGGUUUGUAUCCGCUCAACCCAGAGAGAGUACUCAGAGAUAUGCCGAAGCCCCCUGAACUAACCAUGCCGAAAGCAGACGAGGUGAUAGUGAGGCCUUGUCCGCAAGACGAAGAACUGAAAACGCCUGUGGCGCUGGUGUCAGCAGAGGCUCUCAUGUCGCUACAAGAUCUGAUUAUCAAACAGGAUGCUCAUACGCUUGAUGAGACAAGUAAGAGGAACCUCAAGAGACACUUACAGAUAUACGACAAUACCGUCAAAGCAGGCUUAGCCGAAGGCAUUCUCCAGAAGAAACAUAUCAAGUUCUUGCUCACAAUUAACAACGAAGCCAAAGAGCGACGAUCAGCCAAGUCACUGAUACUUGGUAAGGCGAAGGUAAUGAGUUAUAAGGACCUUAAGGAAACCCUACAGAAGCGCGAGGCCCUAGAGCAAGCUAAACAGGCCAAAGCAAAAAGGAAAGGGAAAGGAGGUCGGAAGGGUAAGGCCCCUUUAGAAGCAGACGUUUCAGAAGGAGACACGCCAGAGGAUGAAGCGCCAGAGUCAGCCGAGGCAAAACCUGGGCGGAAAACAACUCGGAAGCGCAAGAGUCCGCCCGAGUCAGAUGCACUGGAGCCGACGGCCAAGGUGGCGCGGACAAUCGAAGCGCCAGAGCCAGCGAGAGUCCCAGUUGAGCAGGAGGAAAUUGCGCCAGAGCUGUGGAGAGCCCCAGUGGCGCGGAUGUGGUAG